AUGCCUGGAGCCAAAGGACGCAAACAGCCACGACCUCCUCCUCCGCCUCCGCCUCCUCUUCCUCCCAUUCCUCCAACUCCGCCCAAAAUAACACCGACCGGGUCUGAGCCGAAAGAAUCGUUGGACAAAGACGAGCUUGCUUCUGGAGACUGUGUCUUAUAUGCUCAUUCGGAUCUGAAACCUCCUGAUCCGUGCCCAUAUCACUACAAGCCCGUCUAUUACUUCUUCUACGAUGGUCUCAAACACCCGGCCAAGCUCCAGACGGUUCUUGAAGCCUCAGAGCCCCCCAAACUACGAAAUGCCAGGGUCCUUGGAUACUCGUUUGCACCGCGUGGUCGUUAUACGUCACUUGUCGAAGGGUCCGGGGUCAUGGGUAGGGCGGUACAAGUGCAAUCUGCUGAAGAGGAAUACAGGCUCAGGUGGCACCAAACCAGCGCUUACACUCUUGUACCAUGUUUGAUUGAGUUUAUAGAUGGUGAAGAGCCGAAAGAAGUUGCGGGAUUGGUAUUUAUAGAUGCUGGCGAUCAACAGGCUUGGAGGACUAUGCGAUUUGAUUACAAGGCAUGGAAGUAUCAGAUGGGAACUCGACUCCCGCGAAAUUGGCAGAGAAGCACAGUGGAGCCGAGAUCGUAG